ACUUGCUUUCAUUUUCUAUAUGAGUGUUAUAUUAGUCACUAUAUUUAACUUCUGGUAUAUCUUUAAAACAUCAUUUCUUUUAUGAUCCAUGGCAUAAAAAGAGAAAGAGAAAGUUUCCUGAUUAUAAAUGCCCCAGCACACACACAAACACACACACACUGAACUGAAGCAGGUGCAGGAGAGAAACGAGAGACACACACACACACACACACACACACACACACACACACACAGAGACGCACACACUACUUCAUUUACAAUACUUUGUAGUCGAUAUGGGAGUUCUCAGUAAACACUGGGUUCUCCUGGCAGCGGGUUCUUCAGGUUGGGAAGACUACAGACAUCAGGCCAAUGUGUGUCACGCUUACCAAGUCAUGCACCAGAAUGGGAUUCCAGAAGAACAGAUUGUAGUGAUGAUGUAUGACGACAUCGCUGAUCAUGAAAAAAACCCUGAUAAGGGUAAAAUCAUUAAUGCACCAAAUGGACCAGAUGUUUACACUGGAGUUCCAAAGGACUACACUGGAGAGGAUGUUACAGCUGACAACUUCCUUGCUGUACUGCGUGGAGAUUCAUCUGCUGUGAAGAAAACAGGAGCAAAAAAAGUCAUACAAAGUGGCAGAAAUGAUACUGUGUUCAUCUACCUAUCAGACCAUGGAGGUCAGGGUUCCUUUAGCUUUCCAAAUUCCACAGAGCAUGGUGCUGUUCCCAAACCAGGAAAUUAUGCAACCCGUCAGGACGCUCUCAAUGUGCUUUAUGCAGAUGACCUCAUUAAUACAUUGACAGCAAUGUCAAAGGCAGGCAAAUUUUCAAAGAUGGUGAUUUAUAUAGAAGCAUGUCAUUCUGGAUCAAUGGUGGAGAAGCUGGAUGAGCUGAAGGACAGCAACGUGUAUGCAGUUUCUUCAUGCAGUCCUGAUGGACUCAGCUAUGCUUGUUACUCUGAUGAAAGAUUAAAGACUUCUCUUUCUUCUUAUUUCACUGCUCACUGGCUACAACACACCGAGAAAGUAAAACUCAACACAACUUCAUUUGGAGAUCAGUUUUCUCAUCUGAAGAAAAAUGUCACUGAAUCUAAGAGUCAAAAGGAAAAAACACAGACACCAUGUAACUACGGUGACAUGAACAUACGCCAUUUAAUGUUGAGUGAAUUUCUUGGUGAAUCACGCAACUCAUCCCAGACCCUGGACAGAAAAUGUGAUGAUCUUAUACAAGAGAUUCAGGAGCAGCCUGCAGGAUGUGUUGUGGCCUGAAACAGUGUCUUCCUCCUGUAUCAUGACCAGAGGACGAGACCAGCACAAAGACACACUCAUUCAUCCUCAAUGGCAGCUUUUGUGUCCACAGCAGCAGGGAAACAUCUUGAAGCUGGCGGUGAUGUGUGCUGCAUGCCGACCUGCUGGAACUUUUCACACAGAGACGAGAAAAGCACAUGCUGUGCGGCUCGGUGCGAGUCUCCUGUCUCUUACCUGAACACAGUCUCUGUGUAAACUAACAGUCGAAUUACAAACUGAACUAAUCUGAACCUGAACGUUGGGAAAAUUUUCAUCAGAAUAUUAGAGUUUCUUUUUCUUGAUCUGGUUGUAGAAGAGAAAUAAAUCUGGUACUUCAAUACAGGACAGUUCAUGUUUAGGCAGGACAGUUCACACACACACAAACACACACAGACACACACAGACACACACACAGACACACACAAACACGCGCGCACGUGUGCGCACACACACACACGUGUGUGCACACACAUACACACACACGCAUAAACACAAACGCGCACAAACACACACAUCUUGUGAUGUCUCCAUUUAAUAAAACCAAUGCUCCUAUCCUUCUCCUACUGGGUCUCAGGGAACCUGGAGUCUCUCAGACUGAGGGCACAGGACAGGGUUCACCCUGGACAGGAUUUCAGUCUAUCACACACAAACACUUUUAGUUUCAUUGCGCCAUUCUGUAUAAACUACUCUUUGAUAGUUCUAUAAUUCGUUUGUGUUUUACUGGUUUAUUUGUUUAUUAGAACCUUUUUUUUUUACGAAAAAAUAAGUAAUUCAGCAAUCAUGCUUAUUCUUUAAUAGAGUCUGACUUAUUUCUACACCAGAUAAAAAUAAUGUGGGCUCAAAAUCCCUGGGUUUAAUGACUAGAAUUAAGGUACAAGAACUUUGAUGUUCAGUUUAAAAGCUUAAAGAAUCAGAUCUUAAAUUAUUGCACUUCUAAAAAUCAGCAUUUAUUUACAAAUGGCUUCAAACAUAAAUGAUUUAAUCAUAUUUUAUAGAUGUUAUUUUAUAAUAAAAAAGAUAUUUUUAUCUGUUUAUCUA